GGUUUCCGGCGUCGGUUAGCAAAGGGGCGGGACUUGAGGCUAGCGGGGGAACGUUAGCUCGCUGGCUAACUGGUGGUCGCUGGAGCUCUGUUUAUGGUGAAUAGUUCCUGUAACGUUUAAAUUAAGACACAUUUUAUAUACGGGUAUCUGCUUUUCUUAUGGGCGCCAAGAGACGACGCACCACCUCUCCCUCCAGUAGUGCGAGUGGAGACUUUGAAGAUGCCAAUUCAUCAUCUCCUGCCAGUGGCUGGAAAAGGAGGAGGAAAUCUAAUGUCCCUGCUGUUGACCCAAUUGCUGUUUGCCAUGAACUGUACAACACUGUCAGGGACUACAAAGAUGAACAGGGGAGGCAGCUUUGUGAGCUGUUUGUUCGUGCUCCGAAAAGAAGGAAUCAGCCAGAUUACUAUGAGGUGGUGAGCCAGCCCAUUGAUAUGCUGAAGAUCCAGCAGAAACUCAAGGCGGAAGAAUAUCAGGAUGCAGAGCAAUUUUGUGCAGAUUUUAGGCUGCUUAUUAACAACGCCAAAACAUACUAUCAGGCUGACAAACCAGAAUACAGGGCUGCCUGUAAACUGUGGGCUGUGUUUUUAACCACAAAGAAUAAUCUCCUCCCUGGAGGAAAUAAAGAGGAAGCAGAUGAGGAAGAGGAGGAUGAAGGAGAGGAUACUGACAACCCUGGAGUCUCCACUGAAGAGGAGACAUCUCCCAAGUAUCUUAAGGGGCUUUUAGAACAACUUUUGGAGGCUCUUGUCUCUUUCACUGAUCCUUCAGGGAGGCUAGUCAGUGAACUUUUCCAGAAACUCCCAUCUAAACUGCAAUAUCCAGACUACUAUGCUGUAAUAAAAGACCCAAUAGAUUUACGGACCAUUGCUCAGAGGAUACAGUUGGGGCACUACAAGUCCAUCAGUGCCAUGUCAAAGGACAUUGAUCUUUUGACUAAAAAUGCCAAAACCUACAAUGAACCUGGAUCACAGGUUUUUAAGGAUGCAAACACAAUCAAGAAAGUCUUCAGCCAGAGGAGGACUGAAAUUGAACAGACAGAACCUACAAAAUCCAGCCUCCGCAUCAAGAACCGGAGGUCUGCUCAGGGUGAUCGUCUGUCUGCUAUUACCACGGCCCUCCAGACUGGGUCAGAAAGUGAUGAAGACUCUAUUCUCUCAGGUUCUGUAAAGUAUAAUGCUGGAGAUGACUCUGAAGGAAGCCAGUCUCGCCUCAUUGCGACGGACCCCAUCAACCAGUUGUAUCAGGCAAUUCGUGGAUGUCGUAACCCUCAGGGGCAGCUCCUGGUUGAGCCUUUUCUCCAGCUUCCCUCACGCAAAGAAUACCCUGACUACUACCAGCAGAUCAAACACCCCAUUUCUUUCCAGCAGAUCAGUGAGAAAUUGCAGAAUGGGGAGUAUGAUGGAGUUGACCAGUUAGAGUCAGACUUCACAAAAAUGUUUGAGAAUGCAAAACGCUACAACGUCGCAAGUUCUACAAUAUACAAGCGUGCCCAGAAAUUGCAACAAAUCUUGCAGGUAAAAAGAAAAGAAAUCGGAGAUGAUAAUGAGGGAGACAGUUUGCUGUCACCCAUGAGCCCUGAUACAGGAGCCAACAAGAGGAGAAGCUACAAGAAAAGCACCAAAAAGAACAGAAUGAAAGCUUUGUAUGCAGCAUUGACCGAGGCUCGAGAGCCAGGAUCUAAUCGGCGACUCUGUGACCUCUUCAUGGUUAAGCCCUCAAAGAAGGACUACCCUGACUACUACCAGGUCAUUCUGGAGCCCAUGGACCUUCGUACCAUUGAGCACAAUAUCCGAAUUGACCGUUAUAACAAUGAGGAGGCUUUCAUAAAAGAUGUGAAGCUCAUGUUCCGCAAUGCUCGCCACUACAACGAGGAGGGAUCUCAGGUUUACAAUGAUUCAGGCAUCUUGGAAAAGAUUGUGAAGGAUAAGCUGAAGGAGCUUGGACCUGCACCUGAAGAUGAUGAUGUAGGCUCCCCCAAGGCCAAAUUACGGAGGAGUGGGGGUACAGCUUCUCCUAAGAAAGCUCGUUCACAGACCACCCCCUUGCAGCAGAAGCUUAGUGACCUCUUUGAAGCCAUUCGCAAUUUCACAGACAACCGGGGCCGUCGCCUCAGCGCUGUGUUCCUACGCCUCCCCUCCCGCUCUGAGCUGCCAGACUACUACGCUGCCAUCAAACGGCCAAUAGACAUGGAGCGCAUUCGCAGCCAUAUGGUUCAGGGCCGCUACCAAGAUGUGGAGUCCAUGGCUGAAGACUUCAUCCUCAUGUUCAACAACGCCUGCACCUACAAUGAGCCAGAGUCCCUCAUUUACCGUGAUGCCCUUCUGCUGCACAGAGCCUUCUUAGAAGCCCGUCGCCGGCUGGAGGAAGACGAUGAGGCAUCUGCGGCUGUGUCUGUCGCUCCGCUGAUCCGUGAGCUCAUUCGGAGCCUUUUUGUGUCUGUGAUGAGCCACCAGGAUGAUGAAGGGCGCUGCUACAGUGACUCGCUAGCUGAGGUGCCAGCUGUGGACCCUGCCAACCCAGAGGACCCCCCGCUAAAUUUGGAGGUGAUCCGUAAUAACGUGGAGAAUGGGCGCUAUCGUAGACUGGAUGUGUUUCAGGAGCACUUCUUUGAGAUGCUGGAGAAAGCCAGACGUCUUAACAGAACUGACUCUGAGAUCUUUGAGGACUCUGUGGAGCUCCAGCAGUUCUUUGUAAAGAUCCGAGAUGAACUGUGUAAGAACGGUGAAAUUCUGCUGUCCCCAGCUUUGAGCUACACUUUCAAACACCUGCAUGCAGACAUAGAUCAGGAGAAAAGAGAAAAACUGCCUCAAGAAAUAGAAGAAGACCAACUCAAAGGAGAGGAGGAGAAGAAAGAUGAGGAGAAGGCAGGUGGUCCUACAGGGGAGCAGUGGUCUUCAGAUCCUCAGAGUGCCUGCUUUGAAAACAGCACUUACAGCAUAGGAGACUGUGUAUACGUGCAGCCAACUGAAGCCAACCUGGAGCCACACAUCGUCUGCAUCGAGAAAUUGUGGAAGGAUGAAGAUGGUGAGCAGUGGCUGUAUGGUUGCUGGUUCUACCGUCCAGCUGAGACAUUUCAUCUGGCUACACGCAAGUUCUUGGAGAAGGAAGUAUUCAAAAGUGAUUACUAUAGCAAAGUUCCACUCAGCAGGAUACUGGGCAAGUGUGUAGUCCUGUUUGUGAAGGACUACUUCAAACUGCAACCUGAAGGCUUUAAAUCUGAGGAUGUCUUUGUCUGUGAGUCUCGUUACACAACAAGGACCAAGACCUUUAAGAAGAUCAAAAUGUUUUCCAUGCCGUCAAGUUCUGUAAAGUUGGUGACUCGUGAUGUGCCACUGCCAGUUGUUAGAGUUGUUUCCAUGUUCGUCAGUGCUGCAAAACGAGACCAGGAAAAAAUGACCAAUUUUGCUGUUGGCAGCCAAGAAGGCUUUAUUGAUAAAGAAAGAGAGGAUGUUCCUGUAGAGGUGGCAAAUGGUGAACCAGGGUGCAGUUACUAUGAACAGCUAUCCUAUAAUAACAUGUGGCUGAAAAUUGGUGAUUGUGUCUAUAUUCAAUCACAAGGGAUGGAACGGCCACGAAUUGGCAGGAUUGAGAAGAUGUGGAUGCAUGAUGGAGCUGGCUUCUUCUUUGGGCCCAUAUUUAUCCAACCUGAAGAGACGGAACAUGAGCCCACCAAGAUGUUUUACAAACAUGAAGUGUUUCUCAGCAGCCUGGAGGAAACCUGCCCCAUGACAUGCAUUACAGGAAGGUGUGUAGUCUCUUCUUUUAAGGACUUCAUUUCCUGUAGACCUACAGAGUAUGCAGAGGAAAAUGUGCACCUCUGCGAGAGCCGCUACAUGGAGAGUGAGAAGCAGAUGAAGAAAUUUAAAGGCCUGAAACGAUUUUCUCUCUCAGCUAAGGUAGUGGAUGAUGAGGUCUACUAUUUCAGGAAGCCUAUUGUAGCCCAGAAGAAGCCCUCUCCCCUGCUGGAUAAGAAGAUUGAAGAGCUGGAGGCCAAAUUUGCAGACAUGGAGGAUCUGGAUGAUUUAGAUGACGCGGACGAAGAGGAUGAUGAAGCACCAGCGACGCCUUCAUUGAAUCAGGCAUCUGUCACUAGUGACAUGGACUUACCUUACACCCCACCGCAGUCCACACCAAAGUCAAUGAAAGGUCUGUCCAAAAAAGAAGGAGCCAAGCGCAAAAUCAACAUGAGUGGCUAUAUCCUGUUUAGCAGUGAGAUGCGGGCGGUAAUCAAGGCUAGGCACCCAGAUUAUUCUUUUGGAGAGUUGAGUCGUCUUGUGGGUACAGAGUGGAGGAACCUGGAAUCCACUAAGAAGGGGGAGUAUGAAGAAAGGGCAGCUAAACUCGUGGAGCAGCAGGAGCGAGAGAGAGCCUUCCAACAGCAGCAGCAGCAACAACAGCAGCUGCAGCUUCAGCAACAGCAGCAGGCUUCCCCAAGAGCAGGUACCCCAGUCGGGAUGGGGGUGGUGCCUCCCCCAACUGCUAUGGGGAUGCUAAAUCAAGCCAUGCCACCUAUGCCAGGCAUGAUGGGAAAUUAUGGCCCACCCUUCAUGCCUAUGCAGGGCCCUCCUGAAGGCAUGAUGGGUAUGGGUGGCACGCCUCCUCACCCUAUGGGGGUGCCCCCGCUGCCCCCUCAACACUACUUUCCGCCGGGCAUGGCUGGGUACCCUGGUAUGCCCCCUCCUGGUGUAUUGGGCCCUGUUAUGAAUGGAAGUCCUGGUCCAGGAAAUCCUUACGGCCUUCAGAUGGGUGCAUACGGUCCAGGGCAGCCAGCUCCACCGCCAUAUCCAAGCCAAGGUCAACCUGCUCACCAGCAGCCAGUCAUGCCCAUGUUUGUUGCUCCACCUCCCAAACCACAGAGGCUCCUUCAUUCAGAAGCCUAUCUAAAAUACAUAGAGGGGCUUAGCGCAGACAGCCCCACAAUCAGCAAAUGGGACCAGAGUCUUAAGGCUCAAAGGACAGACGGUCGCCUGAGCAGGGAGCAGGAGAGCCGUCUUCCUUCUCACUGGCUGAAGAGUAAAGGCGCUCACACCACAAUGGCUGAUGCGUUGUGGAGACUCAGAGAUCUGAUGAUGAGAGACACUCUCAACAUCCGGCAGGCCUACAAUCUAUAACCCUUUAAACUUUUGAUGCUCAGGAUCCUAAUUUAUGCAAGACUAUACUUCAAACCAAAUCUAAUAUCCUUUCUAAAGCAGCUGGUUGCUCAGUAUGUUUCAUAGCAAUAAAAGAGUUCAUCUUAUUUUGUUUAGAAGUAAAGGUUUUAGUAAUAUCCGUGGUUACAUUUAUUAAUGCACUGGAGUUGUCACAAAUGCAUUAGCUAAUUUAUAACUACUGAUAUGGAGUUGUCAUAUCAGCAGUGACUGAAAUUUUUAGAAGAAUUAAGAUGAAAUAUGGUUACGUUGCUUCAUUGUUUUGAUCAAUACAUGUAUUUUAUUGGCUACACUUUUGUUGAGUUGAACAGAUGUGUAGCGCUAACAUCUCAGACACUGAUAUCUAUGAAAUAUGUCUCUGGCUUUAACCACUUGAGGUCUUAUUUAUGAUGUGAACACAUCAGGUGGAUUAAUAAUACAACAAGGUCGUAUUUUACCAAUCUUUUUUAUAAAGGUGCAGAAUAAGCUCUGUUUAUCAUUAUUUUAUUGAUGUGAUGUUUUUUGCAUUUUGUAUGGUCAGAAAUAAGGCAGAUGUGUGAGUUUGUACUUCAGUCCUUACCUGAAUAUUUCCACAUAAAAUUGACAAUAAGAAAAUA